GAAGUCGCAGACUAUGACGUCACAUGUUGAUGGCUCCUCAUAUAUUCACAUUGAUUUUAAUGGGAGCCUCCAACAAAAACAGCUAUUCCGACCCAGAAAACGACAAUUUCCCCAUUAUUUUGAGUGAGGAUGAAAGAUUUGUGUUAGAGGAUAUUGACAGCGACGGACUAGGAAAAAAACUGAAAAAAAAAGUUAAAAAAAAAAAAAAUGCGACGGCAAUCGCGUUGCAUUGAGACAGAUUCCUAUGUUUUUAGACACAUUUACUAGGAUAAUUCUGGGAAAUCCCUUAUCUUUCUAUUGUGUUGCUAGUGUUUUAGUGAGUUUAACAGUACCUGAUAGUUGGAAGUGUACGUCCACGUUGACGCGCAGUGUCUCAGGGAAGUCGACGGCAGCUGUACGGGAGGCACAAGCUCAGCUGAUAUCCGGUAAGAAGCGACUUUUUUACCACAAUUUUAUCACCGAAACCUGCUGGUUGACAUUCGGUUGGGAUCCAUGUUGGCUGUGAUCCACAGUAAAAUUUCACGUCCGGGAAUUUUAAACAAGGAAUCACUGUGUGUUUGUGUGGCUAAAGGCUAAAGCUUCCCAACUCCAUCUUUCUACGUUGACUCCUCCAAUAUUAAUUGAACAAAUUGCAAAAGAUUCAGCAACACAGAUGUCCAAAAUACUGUGUAAUUAUGCCGUUAAAGCAGACUACUUUUAGCUGUGUGUGUGUGCAGCGCUCAUAUUCAUAACAGCCCGUGACGUCUAUAUUACUAAUUACUAAAUCACAAUUUUAAAUAUCCCGCUGAGUUUCUUGUUGAAAACGUCGCGGAAUGAUGAUGCGUAUGAUGAGGCGUGUUUGGGACGUAUCCGGUUGUAGCGGACAUAUUAGCCCAGCACCACUUGUGGCUAAAAGUCGUGUCUUUUCAUCGCAUAAUUACACAGUAACUUGGACAUCUGUGUUGCUGAAUCUUUUGCAAUUUGUUCAAUCAAUAAUGGAGAUUAUAAAGAAUAAUGCUGUUGGUGGAAAGCGGUGGAUUGCAGCUGCCUUUGGCACCGAAACACAGCCGGUGUUUCUUUGUUUGUUGUGAAGCUUUAACACAGAGCAGUCAAGCGAACAUGUUUCUCUACGUCAACCAGCCAGUUUUUGGACGGGAAAUUUGUUAUAUUAAGUCCGCUCUUACCGGAGGCUUCAGUGGAUUAUGGGACCUCUUCCUGCAGCUCAAAAAGGCAGCUGUGAUCUUGGCUCCUCGGGUUCUCUCAGAGACACUGGCGCUCACCACAGCCGUCCGACUUUCAGGUAUGACUUCAUAAUCUCACUAAAACACUAACACAAUAAGCAGAUAAGGGAUUUUCCUAGAAUUAUCCUAGUAAAUGUGUCUAAUUACAUCUGAAACGCUCCCACUGCCGCCGCCUGGAGCCGUCGCCUUUUCUUUUUUUUUUUCUUUUUUCUUUUUUUUAAAAGUGCUUUACUCUAACUUUCCUUAUCCACAAAUCUUUCAUCCUCGCUCAAAUUAAUGGGAAAAUCGUCGCUUUCUCGGUCCGAAUAGCUCUUGCUGCUGGAUGCUAUGAUUAUAAACAAUGUUCAGAUGUGGGGAGCCCUACAACCCGUGACGUCACGCGCACAUCGUCUGCUACUUCCGGUACAGGCAAGGCUUUUUUAGUAGCGACCAAAAGUUGCAAAAUUUAUCGUGGAUGUUCUCUACUAAAUCCUUUCAGCAAAAAUAUGGCAAUAUCGUGAAAUGAUCAAGUAUGACACAUAAAAUGGACCUGCUAUCCCCGUUUGAAUAAGAAAAUCGCAUUUCAGUAGGCCUUUAAAUGGCUCCGACAGAUAUGUCAUGUAAUACGACUUCAAAAUUAUUGAUGUUAUAAUAACAGUUUAUUUGCUAACCAGUUCUACUUCUGUGUAUUUAUUGUAUUUUUAUUCAACAAUUAAACAUACAUAAACAAUGUAUAGACACAUUAAGGUACUUUCAAUACAAUAUGAGUCAGUGAUAUUUUAUUAUUUUACUCAGCAAUAUGAAACACAUCACAUUUAAAUCCAAUCCUUGUACAAACAAAACCGGUUAAAGGCCUACUGAAAGCCACUACUAGCGACCACACAGUCUGAUAGUUUAUAUAUCAAUGAUGAAAUAUUAACAUUGCAACACAUGCCAAUACGGCCUUUUUAAUUUACCAAAUUGCAAUUUUAAAUUUCCCGCAAGUUUCUUGUUGAAAACGUCGCGGAAUGAUGAUGUGUACGUGUGACGUCACAGAAUGUCAGGAAAUAUUAGCGCUGCACCACUAGCGGCUAAAAGUCAUCUGCUUUAACCGCAUAAUUACACAGUAUUUUGGACAUCUGUGUUGCUGAAUUUUUGCAAUUUGUUCAUUUAAUAAUGGAGACUAUAAAGAACAAUGCUGUUGGUGGAAAGCGGUGGAUUGCAGCUGUCUUUAGCACCGAGACACAGCCGGUGUUUCUUUGUUUGCCGUGAAGCAGAGCGGUCAAGCGAACAUGAUUUCUCUACGUCAAUCAGCAUGUUUUUGGAUGGGGAUAUUGUGAUAUAUAUCUUACCGGAGACAUCAGUGGAUUAUUCGUCUUGCAGUUGCUGUUUAAAAGGCAGCUGUGAGCUUGGCUCCUCGGCUUCUCUCUGAGACACUGCGUGUUCACCGUGGCCCUCCGACCUCGAGGUAUUUCUUUACAAUCUUUAAAAUCUCACUAAAACACUAUUAAAACAAUAAGCAGAUAAGGGAUCUUCCAGAAUUAUCCUAGUAAAUGUGUCUAAUUACAUCUGAAAUGCUCACACUGCCGCAGCCCAGAGCCGUCAAUAUCCUAAUUCACAAAUCGUUCAUCCUCGCUCAAAUUAAUGGGGAAUUUGUCGCUUUCUCGGUCCGAAUUGCUCUUACUGCUGGUGGCUCCAAUUAUCAACAAUGUGAUUAUGUGUGGAGCCCUGCAACUCGUGACGUCACCCGCACAUACUUCCGGUAAAGGCAGGGCUUUUCUAUUAGCGACCAAAAAUUGUGAACUUUUAUCGUGGAUGUUCUCUACUAAAUCCUUUCAGCAAAAAUAUGGCAAUAUCGUGAAAUGAUCAAGUAUGACUCAUAGAAUGGACCUGCUAUCCCCGUUUGAAUAAGAAAAUCUCAUUUCUGUAGGCCUUUAAAGAGAGUAGAAGUAAAUAUGACAGACCAUUCGAAUAAGAUUAAAAUAAAAAUAUAUAUUAAUAAAUAAACUUGUGCUUGAACAUGCUUAUUUAAAACCACUUAAAGUAUUCCAAUAAAUUUAAUAAUUUAAGUGUUUUUUCUAUUUUGUACAAUCCUCCAAUAUUGAAUUACUAAAUUGAAAUCAUUAACAUAAUGUGAGGAUUUGGAUUUCACUUUAAGAAAGAGUCUUUUGUUUAUGAGAGCAAAUGUUUUACACUUUAUGAAAAUUUAAAUUAUUCACGACACGAUCCACGCAUGCGCGAAGACUAGGUCACUUCCUGGACUUACAAUUUAUUUUAUGACAGAGCUCCUGUGACAUCACGUUUUGUGAUAGCUGAAUGUUUUAUUAAUGUUUUGCAUUGAAAUAGAUUAUCUAGGAGUAAAAGGGAACAACAUUAAAAACAUUUGGACGGGUAAGUUUAAAUAAAUCAGGCAGUAGUAUCGCUACAUGUUCUACCACUUUCACUCUUGUCAUUGCAAUGAAUGUCGCACGGGGGCGCCACUGAACCCCAUCAUUAAAGCUUUGUUUGAUAUACCCUGAAAUUUAUUUUUGAAAAACAAUACACUGUUUUAUAACACAUUGUUAUUCAAAUAAAUAUUACAGCAAAGAAAACCAUGGUAACAAUGACAGCAGGCAAUAUUUUAUAUAGCGCUUCCUUUGUCGUCCACUCGAUUGCGACGUCAUUUCCAGCUUCCGGGGUAAACGGAAACAAAGCAGAAUAGCAGUACUGCCUUGUAACGUCGACGCUAAUAAGUCAGUCUUAUUUGUUAUCCAGUUUGAAAUAUUUACGUCGUAAAAAAUACAUAUUUGAUUCUUUUUUUCAGGAUAAAGUCGUCUUGAUGCGCUAGAAGCACUGUGCUGCUUCUCCUGCUAUCUUUGCAUGUUAGUUAGCUUAGCAUGCUAGUUAGCUUAGCUUGUUAGCUGCUAACAAAGAGACGCGGACGUUAUCAACACAUCGCUAAGUAGAGAUCAAAUGUGAGAGUAAAGUGUUGUGAUUGUGUGAAAAUGUGCGAAAGAACGAUAGCAAAGUAUGAGGAGGAACUUUGCCCAUCAAAAGAGGAGAAGGAGCGACAUCAAGUUUUCAAGAAACAUCAAGUUGUGUUACACAGACCAGACGUCCAUCAGCCCCCCCACAUUAAAGAGGAAGAGGAGGAUCCACAGCCCCCCCACAUUAAAGAGGAAGAGGAGGAAGUGUGGAUCACUCAGGAGGAAGAGUGUCUUCUAGGGCAGGAGGAGGCUGAUCUCAGCAAGUUUCCACUGACUGUUGUCUCUGUGAAGACUGAAGAGCAUGAAGACAAACCACCUGAGUCCUCACAGCUUCAUCACAGUCCAAACGUCCAUCAGCCCACUCACAUUAAAGAGGAAGAGGAGGAUCCACAGCCCCCCCACAUUAAAGAGGAAGAGGAGGAAGUGUGGAUCACUCAGGAGGAAAAGUGUCUUCUAGGGCAGGAGGAGGCUGAUCUCAGCAAGUUUCCACUGACUAUUGUCUCUGUGAAGACUGAAGAGCAUGAAGACAAACCACCUGAGUCCUCACAGCUUCAUCACAGUCCAAACGUCCAGCAGGUGUCAGCAGAGAGUCAUGAAGAGAUUUCCUUCAAGCAGCAGGAGUGGAACUCUAGUGUGGGACAGAAUGAGCUACAGGCCCCGUCCUACAUUAAAGAGGAGCAGCUUCAUGAUGAAAAUGAAGCUCAGUCCUUACAGCUUCAUCACAGUCAAAGUGAGGAGAACAGAGGGGCGGAGCUUGUAAGUCAACACAUCCCAGAAGCUGAUGGAGAGCAUUGUGAAGAUAUAAAGUCAGAACCAGACAGCAUCUUUGCUCCACUGUCAGACAUGGACCACAUGAUGUCAGACUCUUCUGAUCACAGUGACCACAUCCAAAAACCUUUGAAGGGUAAAAAUGACUCUAAAGGUGAUACGAGACAUCACAUUAACAACAAACACUUUGACUGCUCUGAAUGUGGGAAAUCAUUUAGACGGAAGAGUAAUUUUAGAGAACACAUGAGAAUACAUACUGGAGAGAAACCUUUUACUUGCUCGGUUUGUAAGAAGAGUUUCUCCAGAAAGCUUGACAUGAUCAAACACAUGAGAACACACACUGGAGAGAAACCUUUUGCUUGCUCAGCUUGUACUAAACAAUUCAACACUAAGUAUGAAAUUAUGUUACACAUGAGAAUACAUACUGGAGAAAAACCUUUUACUUGCUCUGUUUGUAAGAAUAGUUUCUCCACAAAGGUUGGCAUGACCAGACACAUGAGAAUACAUACUGGAGAGAAACCUUUUACUUGCUCUGUUUGUAGAAAGAGUUUCUCUUUAAAGUAUCACAUGACUGCACACAUGAGAACACAUACUGGAGAAAAACCUUGUACUUGCACUGUUUGCAAUAAAAGUUUCUCCAGAAAACAACACAUGACCAGACACAUGAGAACACACACUGGAGAGAAACCUUUUCCUUGCUCUGUUUGUAGAAAGAGUUUCUCUUUAAAGUAUCACAUGACCACACACAUGAGAACACAUACUGGAGAGAAACCUUGUACUUGCCCUGUUUGUAAGAAGAGUUUCUCCCGAAAACUUGACAUGUCCACGCACAUGAGAACACAUACUGGGGAGAAACCUUUUACUUGCCCUGUUUGUAAGAAGAGUUUCUCCAGAAAGCGUAACAUGACCACACACAUGAGAACAUGUGUGUGAUAAAACAUUCAGGAUUAAGUAUCAGGUCAGUAAACACAAGUGUGUAACAGUCAUGGAAGCUGCAGGGAUUUAAAAACACUUAAACAGUGAUUGUGCUAAAUGUUCUCUAAAAACACAGCAUGUUUAAUAUGAAUGUAUAUUUGAUGUUGUAUGUAGUGCUUCUCAUAUUCUACUGUUAUAUGUUGUCCUGGAGUUACUUUUUAAGUUGUGUGCAUACAUUUAAUAUUAUUUAUGUAGUUAUUAUUGUAUUCUAUUUUCUUAUUUGGGUUUUUUUCACACAUUUUUUAAAUUGCAAUUUAUUGAUGUUAUUUUCCAAUUAAAAGUAUAAAUGAAUAAAAUUGUGGACUCUGGUAGAUUAACAGCACUGUUACAUCAUGGAUGUUAAAGGCCUACUGAAAGCCACUACUACCGACCACACAGUCUGAUAGUUUAUAUAUCAAUGAUGAAAUGUUAACAUUGCAACACAUGCCAAUAUGGCCUUUUUAGUUUACAAAGUUGCAAUUUUAAUUUUGUAUCCUGUUGAAAACGUCAGUAUGAUGACGCGUGCCCGUGACGUCAUGGAUUGUAGCGUACAUUUUUUUCCAGCACGAUCCGAGCUAUAAGUAGUCUGCUUUCAUUGCAUAAUUACACAGUAUUCUGGACAUCUGUGUUGCUAAAUUUUUUGUAAUUUGUUCAAUUAAUAAUGGAGACGUCAAAGAAGAAAGACGUAGGUGGGAAGCGGUGUAUUGCAGCUGCCUGUAGCAACACAAAUACAGCCGGUGUUUCCUUGUUUACAUUCCCGAAGGUGAAGCUUUACUAUGGAACAGAGCGGUCAAGCGAACAUGGUUCCCGACCACAUGUUAGCCGGUAGGUUUCGGUGAGAAAUUUGUGGUAAUAAGUAGGCUCUUACCGUAGACAUGAGCGGAGCUUGGUCCUUCCUCGUGCCCCUGUCAAAAAGGCAGCAGGGCGGCAUAGCUCAGUUGGUAGAGCGGCCGUGCCAACAACUUGAGGGUUGCAGGUUCGAUCCCUGCUUCCGCCAUCCUAGUCACUGCCGAUGUGUCCUUGGGCAAGACACUUUACCCACCUGCUCCCAGUGCCAACCACACUGGUUUAAAUGUAACUUAGAUAUUGGGUUUCACUAUGUAAAGCGCUUUGAGUCACUAGAGAAAAAGCGCUAUAUAAAUGUAAUUCACUUCACUUCCCUCAGAGACACUGGCGGUCACCACACCCGUGGCCACACCCCUCCGACUUUCAGGUACGACCAAAUAAUCUCACUACAACACAAGUAACACAAUAAGCAGAUAAGGGAUUUUCCAGAAUUAUCCUAGUAAAUGUGUCUAAUAACAUCUGGAACGCUCCCACUAGCCUGUCUUUUUUUUUUUUUUUCUAGUCCUUCACUCUAAUGUUCCUCAUCCACGAAUCUUUCAUCCUCGCUCAAAUUAAUGGGGAAAUCGUCGCUUUCUCGGUCCGAAUCGCUCUCGCUGCUGGUGGCCAUGAUUGUAAACAAUGUUCAGAUGUGAGGAGCCCUACAACUAGUCAUGUCACGCGCACAUCGUCCGCUACUUCCGAUACAGGCAAGGCUUUUUUAUUAGCGACCAAAAGUUGCAAAUUUUAUCAUCGAUGUUCUCUACUAAAUCCUUUCAGCAAAAAUAUGGCAAUAUGGCAAAAUGACACAUAGAAUGGACCUGCUAUCCCCGUUUGAAUAAGAAAAUCAUUUCAGUAGGCCUUUAAGAGUAUGUCUUACUCUGCCAGUGCAAUUGGUUUGCCAACCCCAGAGAUGCGAGGUCACCAUUUCCCGGGUCUUCUUCUCUAUCAUCCGAGUCCCCGAGACGAUGGCUGUUGGGUAACCAUAUCAUUAGGAUUACUGCAAUACCAAAAUUGCCAAAUAUACAUAAAGUACAAAGACAAGAAAGAACACACUUAUGGCUUCCUGUUCCUUUUUUCUGGCAGAUCAACCUCAUUCUCUGCCUCAGAUUGCAGGUCUGAGGUGUUGCAGCCGUUUCGAUAUUGUUGCAUUAUUUUUAAUGCGUCUUUGUAGUUGUCUAAAAUUGAAUAUGUUAAAAUUGUUGCGGUCCGCUACACGGAUCAUUACAUUUUCUUGUUUAUUGUUUCUUUUCUGUAUCACACUUUGUAGUCUGACCUCUUUAUUUCCUGUUUGGUUUGUCACCAUGGUUGUUAAUUGAUUUCACCUGCUACUCACGGUCCCGCACACCUGCUACGGAUAGUCACCUUCCCUAUAUAAGCCUUCCUCUUUUGUUUGUUCAGGCUGGGACUCUAGUUUGCUUUCAUGCAACUGUACGACUGCUUUAUGUGUUUUCUCGCUAGCUUAUACGCUAAGCCACUAGUUAUUCUUAGCUCUCAUGCUAAUUGUGUUUGUUUUACAUUUUGUGCCUUUGUGCCAAGUUUUAGUCUAUUUGUAUCUCCUAGCUCUCAUGCUAGCGUCUUUUGUUUGCCUUUUCUUAGCUCCAGUGUUUUUGUUAUAUAUCUCCUUUUGUUAAAUAAAUCAUUAUUUCUUACCUUUUGCUGUGUUCGUGCUGACGCAUUCACGGAGGAACAAAUCUGGCAUCACAAUGUAAUAAAAAUGAAAAUUAGCUGUAGAACUGAACAGAAUAGUAUUAUUAUUAUUGAUGAUGAUGUAUCAGGUCUCUCUCUUACAACCUACUCAGUGGCCUAUUGUCCGCCCUGAGAUCGGUAGGUCGUGAGUUCAAAUCCCGGCCGAGUCAUACCAAAGACUAUAAAAAUGGGACCCGUUAUCUCCCUGCUUGGCACUCAGCAUUAAGGGUUGUAAUUGGGGGUUAAAUCACCAUAAAAUGAUUCCCGGGGCGCGGCACCGCUGCUGCCCACUGCCCCCCUCACCUCCCAGGGUGUGAUCAAGGGUGAUGGGUCAAAUGCAGAGACUAAUUUCGCCACAUCUAGUAUGUGUGUGACAAUCAUUGCUACUUUAACUUUAACUUUACAAGAGACCUGGUUAGAAGAUAGACAGAAUAGGUUAUUCCAAGCAGAAAGAGAAGCAACUUUGACGUUAUUUUUAAACAAGAAAUUGAUACAUUUGCAUACCACAAGUUCGGACAACAGAAACGUCAUAUCUUGGCCAGCCUUUUUUGAACGUCUACACGUGUCCUUCGUCUUAAGGUUGGUAAAAAAGACAGGCACAGUCUUUCUAUUCAUGUUUGC